GAUCGAUCACCGACAACUGGCCGCUUCCAAACCUCUUUUACUUUCUAAGACCGAAGGCUUUCGCUCCAGUGCCUAUAGCAUAAAAUCAACAUUGACUUGCUUUAAAAUAUGCAUAGUACAGUCUUUGUCAAUCUCUUCUGGCUUGGAAAUUGACGUCAAAUUUCUACUGAGUUGAGUUGCCAUAGGCCGCCAUAUUGAAGUAAGUUGAAUUGCAAACCGACCGUUCAGGUCUUGGUCAGCCAAGCCAGUCGGUGGAUCGCACCCAGAAAUGAGUUCACGAAAGAACGAGGAGAAAGCUGACACAGCACUUCUACUGGGAAGUUUAUCUCGAGGAAAAUCUAACAUUGAAAAUGGUGAAGAAGACCGCAGCACACAGUCAAGUCCACUGGCACAAGAUGAGGGAGAAGGUAGUUUUAAAUUUGAUGGUCCAAGUCCAAGGAAUUCAACCCCACCUGUUAAGCUGGAUAAGAAGGACAGAGAUAAAGAGAGGCUGCAGAGUUUGGAAAAAAGACUUUCUGUGCCAGACAAAUCCCCACUGUUUCCAAGGAAAACUUCAAAGGAAAGUUUCAAGGCAAUGAAAGAGAGUUACAGACAAGAACAGAAACGCAGAAUAAAAGAGUUAGCUAGUGCACUGAAAGACCCUUCAGUGAUCAUACUUUCCUCCUGGCUCAAGGUUCGUGGCACCUUGAAAGGCUGGCAGAAGUUUUGGUGUGUUGUUAAGCCUGGUAUGCUGCUUAUUUACAAAAGUGCAAAGCAUGGCCAGUGGGUAGGCACUGUUCUAUUGAAUGGCUGUGAGAUUUUACAAAGACCUUCCAAGAAAGAAGGAUUCUGUUUUAAAAUCUACCAUCCACUUGAGCACUACAUGUGGGCAACAAGAGGACCAAAAGGAGAGCUGGCUGGUUCAAUUGCUCAACCUAUGCCGAAGGAUCACCUUAUUUUACGAGCAGACUCUGAAUCUGAUGGACGGUGCUGGUUAGAUGCUUUAGAAGUUGCUCAGAAUCAGGGAUACAGCAAUCAAAAAGACAACAAAGGAAUGUUAAGUGAGCUGUAUGGUAAGGAUGACAAGGAAGACAGAGAGGAUGACAGUGGAAUUCCAGCCAUUCAAGAUCAAGAUUAUGACAGCAAUGAUGGAAUGGAAAAAUCUGACUCUGAUAAUGAAUUGGAUGACACGAUAGGGCCACUUGGAAGAGAUGGUGAAGAGGAGAUGGAAGAGGGUCCUGUUGAAGAAACAAUUUAUGUUGGAGAGAAAGGGGAGGAAUAUCUUGGACAGGCUGGUGAGGCACUAGAGGAGAUUGAAGAUGAAAACAAAAGUAUUCUGUGGGCACUUUUAAAACAGGUCAAGCCAGGCAUGGAUCUUUCAAGGGUUACUUUACCAACCUUUAUUCUGGAACCUAGGUCAUUUUUAGACAAGCUUUCAGACUUCUACUUCCAUUGUGACAUUUUGUCCAGAGCUGCAAGAGAGGAGGAUGCCUACAGCAGAAUCAAGGAAGUAGUCAGGUGGUAUUUGUCAGGAUUUUACAAGAAACCCAAGGGUUUGAAGAAACCUUACAACCCUAUCCUUGGUGAGACGUUCCGCUGUUACUGGGGUAAUCCUAAUGGUACCAAGACAUACUUUGUCGCAGAACAAGUUUCCCACCAUCCUCCAGUAUCAGCAUUCUAUGUGUCCAAUAGAAAAGAGGGAUAUGUAGUCAACUGCUCUUGCUUGGCCAAGUCCAAAUUUUAUGGGAAUUCAUCCUCUGCCAUUUUGGAUGGAACUGCUACCUUAACUUUGCUGAGGUUUGGAGAAGAAUACGUCAUGAGUAUGCCAUAUGCUCAUUGUAAAGGAAUUUUGAUUGGCACGCUAACAAUGGAGUUAGGAGGAGUCAUUACCAUAAACUGUGAGAAGACUGGGUACAAGGCUGAAAUUGAAUUCAAACUUAAGCCAUUCUGGAAGAAGAGUGGGGAAUCUAAUUAUGUUGCUGGCAAGAUUAAAAUGGGAAAGGAAACAUUGUGUAGAAUAGAAGGAAAGUGGGAUGGUGAGAUUCUUAUCACAGACCUUAAAACUCCAGUUCCUGCAGGGGAAGUGGAACCUCUUCCUGAGCUGUUUUGGGACCCAACUCCUGAAAUCCGAGAACAGAGACUUCCCAGACAUUUGGUGGAGUACAACACCCAAGGAGAAUUUGAAUCUGAGAAGCUCUGGAUAAAUGUCAGUGAUGCUAUUAAAGUUAAUGAUCAGGAAAAAGCAACAAACGAAAAGUUCACUCUUGAGGAGGCACAGCGGAAAGGUCACCGUGAAAGAAGAGAAAAUGGAGUGGAAUGGAUUCCUAAACUGUUUGAACGUGAUCCAACUGCUCCUAAUGCUAUCAACCGAUGGCUUUACAAGUACAGAGAUGUAAGACCCUGGGAUCCAAUGACGGACCUGAAGGAGUAUGAAAAUGAUGGAAUCAUCAAAACACAGUAUCGCCUCAAAGCACCCAUGGUACGAACAACAAGCUUACUCAGUGUCCAACCAGAUAACAAGAAGCCAAUUUCAAAACGAAAGCGGCCUUCAUCUGGUCGAUCACGAUGUGGCGGCCAAGCAAAGGGAUCACGACGUAGUUCCAUUGACCACUCAGGUGCAUCAACACCUGAUCCUGAAGCUGAACAUUCCAGCAGCAUUGAGGAUGAUGAUGAUGAUUCGAGUGUUAAGGAAGGCAUUGACCUUGCAGCUCUUGAGAAAGCUUUCCAGCCACUCAAAGAUCUACAGAAGGAGUGUGUUCAACAGAUGAGGGCAAUUAGAAGUGAUUUGCGUCGCCAUUACUCCUCUCAUCAGGAUGAUCUUGCUACUCUUCAGUUCAAAGACUGGCUCUUACUCUUGAUGUUCAUUAUAACUCAAGGAUUUUUCCAUUGGUAUUAUAGAAGAUGAUCCUGCCUAGCUACUUAAAAUACACAAAUUAUUCUAAUGAAAUUUUAAAAAAGUAUUUAAAAGGGAUGGAAGAGAUGUUUUUGUUGUGUGCUGUCCCAUGAAGUUUGGAUUUCACUGAAAUUGGGAAAAGCUCAAAAAUGAACAAUAGUUAUCUUAACACCUAAAGGUAUAUUUUCAAGUGAAUUUGAGAUGGAAAGCCUCCUUUUUUUUUCACGGUCAGAAAAUAUUCUGAUUAGAAAACCAACUUGUGUUUGCUCAACAACAUAGUAAAGUCCCAUUUCUGCUCACUUUGGUUGUAGAGUAAAAUAUUUUUGAAAGAACGGUAAUUUAGCUCAAAUUGGACAGAUGUGCCAUCUUGAUAAUCAGUGUUUAGAAGGGUGGGGGUGAGUUUUGUUGCAUUUCACAAAAGCUACUCUGUAGAUGUAUUAAAAAUGUUAAGAAAUUGUUUGUUUGAUUGUAAGCAUAAUCAAAUAGAUUGUACUUGAUGAUUAACUCACAAUCAUAUGAAACAAACAACACAAUCAGAAGAUAUAAAUAUAUUUAAACUUAUAUUAAAAAUUAAUCAGCCUGAAACCAGCUUCACAAGGUUUUUAAAAAGUUUCUUUUAGUUAGGGACAUGAAAGAGAUUUCAGCUGAUGCCCUUCAAAAAAAGAAAAUUUAAGAAAAAAAUGAAUAGUGGUGAACAUAUUUUACCCUCAUAUUUAUAAAACUCAGAACAAAGAUAUCAGAUAGAGGUAAUUAUAGUUAUUUAUGAUUGUUACUUGUUAGUUAUAAUAAAUAAAAGAUCAAAUUUGAACUCAUUUUAAUUAAGUGGAGUUGGUGAACUUCACAUUUUUAUCACAGACCCGAGGCUCACCUGCAUAGCACAGGAUCUUAGAACAGUUUGGUUUGUAACAUUUUAUUUCAGUCUCUUUGUUAUCAAACCUGGUCAAUUUUGAGCAACCUAAGGUUUAAAAAAAUUAUUGUUCUAGUCAGCAUGUUUUAUUUGCUCUAUAUGGAUCAUAGGGAGUUGUGUUUUUAGCAUGGGACUCCACAAAUUUUGGCACAAUUUUACAGGAGUUUAAGAGAAAAGAACCUUAGGUAGGGUCAGGAAUUCAAUCAAAAGAAUAAAGAACUUGACAUAAGAUUUUUGUGAGGAGAUUUUAGUGAAUGGUAUUCUGCACAACUGAAUAUUAAACUGAAAGUUUUGAUACUA